CUUUGCUUUGCAGUGCAGUGUGGUUGUUUUUGCUUUGCUUGGCUCCGGUUUCUACUGAGAAACGCUCAAAGUGUACGUAUGACAGACACAGUCAGAUCCGUCAGAGGACACACAGCACCAAAAAGUUCUGUGAUCCUUCAUUCAGCAACCAGACAGCAGGCGCCAUCACACAGAGGUGCAGCUCCGGCUUCUACAGAGAGCGGGUUGGACCAUACCGGGGUCAGUGUGUGCCAUGUAGCUGCAAUGGACUCUCCAAUGAGUGUGAUGAGCGAACAGGGAACUGUGUGAACUGUCAGUUUGACUCCACCGGGGACCGCUGUGAACGGUGUAAAGGGGGUUACUAUGGAAACGCAGCUGAGAGGACCUGCCGUGCCUGUCCGUGCCCCUUUACAUGGAACAAUUUCGCUCUGGCCUGCCUGGACAUUGGCUCAGGAGUGGUUGAGUGCUUGUGUAAACGUGGUUACAGUGGAGCCAGAUGUGAGAGAUGUGCAUUUGGUUACUAUGGUAACCCAGUGGUGUAUGGAGGCAGCUGCAAGCCCUGCAAUUGCAAGGACAGCUCAAACAUUUGUGAUUCUCUGACUGGAGAGUGCAUCACAUCUGGAAACAGCAGCUGUGGUGCUCACUGCCAUGAAUGUGACAGCUGUACUGUGUCCUUACUGCUCGACUUGGAAAGGAUGGAUGAUGUCCUGGCUCAGCAGAAGCAGCAGCUGCAGAACGUCUCUGAUGGCGCUGGUUCCAUCUUCAGGCUGAACGACCUGCAGGCUAACAUUUCUGAAACCAAGAUUCGGGUUUGGAGGUACAGCACCGCCAUGAGACACCUGGAUCCAAAGGUUGAACAGCUGGAAGCAGAUGUGGAUGCUGUCAGAGAUGACUUGAGUCAACUGACUGACGAGACACUUGAAGCUGUAUCAGAUCUGGAGGAAGUCUUGCAGAAUGCCAGUGAAACAAAGUUAAAGGCGGAGGAUCUUCUCUCUGAAGCUGAAACUCUCCUCAAAGCAAUACAAGAUUUGAUAAAGCAGCAAACUGAGGUGAAACCUGGAGAGUCGGCUACUCAGUCUCAAAGUGACAGAGCCAGGAUGAUGGAGGAGGCUCAGCGCAUCGUGCAGGAGAUGAGAGAGCGAGGCUGCGCUGCUCAGAGAGGCCGGGCUGGCAGAGAGCAGGAGGAUGCACACCACUUGCUGGACAUAAUCAGGAACAUGACAGAUCCUGUGGAAACCAACCAGGCUGUGUUAAAUCAGACUGCAGAGUCACUGAUGGCCUCAGACUCUGCUCUGAGGGAAGUGGCUGUGCUGCUGUCAGACACGAAGGACAGAGUCAACAGGACACAGAGCCUCAACCUGAAGAGUGGUGCUACCCUACAGCAUCUGGAGCAUCUUCAGUCUCAGCUGGAGGGGGAACAAAGUGCGCUCCUUCCUGUGACUGGAAUGACUAGAGACCUGCUAAAGAACACCACCGACGUCUUUUUAAUGCUUGAGGAAAUUAAGAGCGAAUUUGAGAAUCACGCAGCUCAGUUAGACGGUGCCAAGCUGGAACUCUUAAAGAAGUUAAACAACAUCGCCCAGAUUAAGACAAAGGUGGAUAUCGUUAACAAAGCUGAGGAGCAUGCAGAGAAGCUCAACAGAGAAGCAGCAGAAUUUCAGCAGAUGCUUCAUAACUCUACCAACGGUACUGACCUGCACAGUGUGCUGGGUGUAGGAGUCUAUAAUAACAUCAUAAAGGCCUUAGAAGAGGCAGAGAUGGCAGCAAAUCAGUCCAGAGAGGCUGUUGAUCAGGCCUCAAAGGAUGUGAAGGAGGGAGGCCUCGUCAACAGGGCCGAAGGACUCAAAGAUAAUUCAACUCAUUUACAGACAGAAGCCAACGAGACUCAGCAUAAACUUGAAACGCUGUCACAUACAGUGAACACCCUCAAAGACUGUGUGAAUACGCAAAAGGAAAAAGGAGAAUCUCUGAGAACGGACAUCUCAACCGUCACUGACAACCUCAACAAGAUCAAAAGAGAUGACACAGACGUCCUGAUAAAGUCUGCAAAAACAGCUGCCUCUGCCUCCAACUCCACCGUCAAUGAUAUAACAGAGAGAGUGAGGAACCUCAGCCAGGAUGUGGAGAGAAUAUCUUUGACUAAUGUCAGUGUGAAUAUAGAUGAUACGUUGGCUGAAGCAGAGCAAGCGUUGAAGAACUUGAGCGCAGCCCUCCCUGUGUUGGAAGACAAAAUCACACAAGUUGAGGCUGUCAGUGAGAAGGCGUCUCCCGGUGCCAACAUGACAGAAAGCAUCAGGAGAAUCAAGGACGUGAUAGAGGAGACAAGAAACUUUGUUGACAGGCUCUCAGUUGCCACCACCUUCAACGGAAAAGGUCACGUUGAGCUUCGUCCUCCGAGAAACCUUGACGACAUAAAAGCAUUUACAGCCGUUGAUCUGCUUCUCAAUCGCCAUCAAAACAAUCCCUCCAAGGCUAACUACAGACGGAAGAGACGGCAGAACAAACACAGAGAUGCCAACAUGUUUGUUUUCUACCUGGGUAACAAAGAUGCUUCCGGAGACUACAUCGGGAUGGCUAUCAGCAGCAACGUGUUGACUUGUGUCUACAAGUUGGGUGGAGUCGUCCAUGAGAUUGUUACCAGCCCAAUAACAACAACCACUAAUGUGAACUCCUCGGACUUUGACAGGGUUAUCUUCCACAGAGUUUACCAAGAUGCUGAAGUGAACGUCACAGGGAACUUCACAUCACAGAAUCCGAUCCACCGCUUACCUAAACGUAACCAUCCAAACACAAUGACCGGUGUCCUUGAACUGGAUCCAGACAGCAUUGUGUUCUACGUGGGCGGUUAUCCUAAAAACUUUAUGCCUCCAGUGCAGCUGCGUUACCCACAGUACAGAGGAGCAAUGAAGCUCUCCUACAUAAACGACAACCCUGUGAGUCUGUUUAACUACAAGCGUGCCGUCAAUAUGGAUGCAAAGCAGCCUCCCAUCAAGAUUCCCCUCUCAGAGGUGUCGGAUUAUUACGAUGGAACAGGUUACCGCAUGGCGAUUAUAAGGGAGCCACACAAGAUUAAGAGAAGACUGUUCAGAUUUCACACUAACAGCCGAGAGACAAACGCCAUGCUGUUCUUCAUCGGAAAUGAAGGGUCUUUUUUCUGUGUGUUUGUGGAAAGAGGCUUCCUGGUGCUUCAAGGACAGCAAGCAGGUCGAGAUCUCAGAGUUCAGAGUGCUGACAAAGUGUCUCUAUUCGACAAACCCUUUGCAAUCACCAUUGCAGACAGGUUCACUGUGCACUGUGGACCACAGCAGAUCUCUACAGAACACAAUCAAACAAACUACAUGAGUUUUUACAUCGGGGGUGUACCAGCACAGCUCAGACAGAGACACAACGUCACAGCUCCAGCACUGAGAGGAUGUGUGGAUCAUCUGACAGUAGACGCUGAGAUCGCUGAGUACAUCAGGACGAUUGGUGUCAGCGACAGAUGUCCAGUUUCACUACUGGGUGUUCGUUCAGCUACGUUAUAUUCAGCUCUGUCUGUUGAUUCCUCGGCUCUUUGGGGUGAACAGACGGCCGGAGUCUCUCUGGGCUUCAAGAGCACAGACAGAGAUGGUCCUCUUCUCAGAAGCAGCUCUCAGGGCUCCACCUCUGUCCACGACUUUAAGCUGUCUCUGGAUGACGGCUAUGUAGUAUUUAAUAGUGAUGAUUACACCUUAAGGUCGGAUGACAGGUACAGUGAUGGAAGCUGGCACUACUUGUCUGCAAUAAGGAGGCCAACAGGGUUGGAGCUCAGGAUUGAUAAUGUAAAGGUGAUUCAGGGACAAUCACCUGGUUUGAGGCCGGAGGAUCAAAAUUCGCAAGGAGGGAAAUUCAAAAGCUGCAUCGCUAACCUUUACAUCAGGAGGCCCGAGCAGAGCUUCAUACCUGCCGAUCUGAGCUCAUUUCCACAAACAGGAGUUGCAGUGCUUGGCCUCUGCAGUCUCCAUCAAGCACCGCACACCAAGCUUCUACAAGACCCUGUAUUAAGAAGGUCCCAGAAACACAAACCUAUUCAGGUUCCAACAGGGAGUCAGUGUAAACACCGGCGAGCAAACCGUGAAUACCAGCUCACUGAGGAGCACAGUUGGCUCAGUUACACGGUGCCACAGCAGGACCUUAAUCACAGGCCUCACUUCUCCCUUGACAUAAAGACCAAGUCGUCCAAAGGGCUUAUCCUCCAUGUGGCAGGGGGAGGAGUCGUCCCCUUGCUGGCUCUGUACAUGGCAAAUGGCAAGAUCAAGAUGUCUCUCGGGCAAAACAGAAUCAUCCUGCACAAGCAGCAGAGCAACGACGGGAACUGGCACAGAGUGGAGCUCAGUGUGGAGAGGAGCACUUUCCACCUGCUGGUUGAUGGGAACCGUGUGACUGAUGGAGAUCUGCCCAACAACGAGGGAUCAUCUUUAAACCUGCACAACCCCGUGUACCUGGGAGGUGAUCCCAGGAGCAAAACCACAAAAGGACAUAACAUCCCCACCAACAGUGUUAUUGGUUGCAUACGGGAUUUCAGAAUGAAUAACGUAGUUAUCGGGGAGCCUGAGGAAAGCCACAAAACUUUACCCUGCAUGGACGGGCUCACAGAGAUGGGGGCAUACCUCGGCGGCGGUCACAUCAUCUUGGAUAAUUACUUCUCAUUUGGCUCCCCAUUUGUGCUGGCUUUCGAGCUGCGGCCUCAGUACCUGACAGGUCUUCUCUUCCAUGUCCAGAGUCACAAGGCCAGCUUUAAUGUGUUCUUAAUGGAGAACAAGGUGGGUGUUGAAGUGCAUGAUGGUGAGGAGGCUGUCAGUGUCUCAGUAACUCCUCCUGAGAGCCUCUGUGAUGGAAAAUUUCACAUGGUUACAGUGUCCAAACAACGUGAUGUUAUCGAACUGGCAGUGGACUCCAUGUCUGAGCAGAGAUACAUUCCCUUCACAUCCACCUCAACAACACUGGAGACACUUUACAUCGGAGGGACAACAAAGCAGACCAGCUCACCAUUUGUGGGCUGCCUACGAAAUGUGAAGCUUGAUGGAAGACCUGUUGCACUGGAGACAGGAUCCAGGGUGGUCGGACCUGUCAGCAUCAACACAUGCCCAGCAGAAUAAGACGUGUAAUUAACGGGGGACAUGCCAACAUCUUUCAGUCCUCAGAGACAUCAUUACAAAGUGCGCAGACAGGCUUUGUUGAAACCCACAGAUCUUAAUUUGAAAUCCUAAAACCCAGCGCCCCUGAGCUACUGUUGCUACACCUGUCAGGUUUUACUAUUUCACACCCCACACAGUUUAACUAAUAAAGGAACAGGUUUACACCCUGAAAUAACUAAACCUCUGUCAAGCUAAAUUUAGAAACACGAUUUCAGACAGAGAAAAACAGACUUCUCACUUCUACCUGACGACCAUUGAACGUCAGCUGAAAUGACAUCUGUUGCUACCAAAUUUAACCAGCUGUAGCUAAUUAAAAGCUAAUGUUUAGACAACGUCCUUAGUUGGCUUUUUUUGCCUCCUGGGCACUGCAGAGGUGCACUUAAGCAAGGCACUGAACCCCCACCUGCUCAGGGUGCCUGUCUAUGGGCAGCCCCCUCACUGUGACAUCCCUCCAUUUAAUGCAUGUAUACGUUCUGUUUGUGCACGUGUGUGUAUUUCAGGUGGUUCAGUGGUUCCCAGCUGGUCCAGCCACGGGGUCCAGAUUUCUCCUCAGUCAUUAAGUCAAGGUCCCACAGUUUAAUACAUGCAGCGUCACACUUGCAUUUGACCAUGUUUCCUCUACAGCAGGAAAUGGCACUUCAAAAUAAAAGCUCUGUGCCAGAAAUUCACUGUACAUGAAAAUAAAGAGUGUUUUUUCAAACUUGACACAUUUGCGAGUCACCUGCGUUCCUACCAGACUGGGUCUGUGACCCACUUUUGGACCGUGACCCACUAGUUGGGAACCACUGAUCUUGAUAAAAUAUAGCAUACACACAUAUGAAGCAGAGUUUUGGGGGUCAAUGAAUGAAGCUCUCGCAAAAGUCCAGCCAGGACGACAAUACUUUUCAUGCUCAGGCUCUGAGUUUUCUUUCUCACCCUCUCAUCUCGCACUCACGAUUUCUAGGUGUCAUUAUCUGGGUCUGUCCACUGAGUCAUCAACCAAUAGCACAGCGACACACCCUCUCUGUCAGCCUAUCAUCUUACCGCUCCUCAAUUUAAAUAUGGUUCUUUCUCUGCCAUCGUUUUUUCUUGCUUUCUGGUGCUCCACCUCCCCAUCACCACCUAGUCUUUACAGAUUCAUCAGCCUCAUCCACUUCAGCAGCCUCAGAGUCAUCAGCCACCACCUUGCUGGUGCUCAGAUUUCCCAUGAUCACAAAAUAUGUCCCUCUUCUGUUAAAUCUUGAUCAGCACAAAUCAUCUGUUAAUCUGUACACUCAUAUUCCGUAUCAGAUGUUAUCUUUACUUCAUUCUUCUGUCUCUCCUGAUCGAAAUGCACAUUUUAAAUAUUGAGGGGGACGUGGACCCUGCAUCCCUCCUGAAAGCUACACUUAUGAUUAAUUAUUAUGAUGCACAGAUUCUGUAAAAAAAAAAAAAAAACCUACUUAAAUGACAGCUUUUAAAUUGUGACUUUAUACAUCUUUUUCAGAUUUAUUUUGGUGGGCUGUGUAAAUGCAUAGAUUUCAAAAUUAUCACCUCAUAUAGAGGCAUAAAGACAU